AUGCUCUACAGGCAUUCUGCAAAGUUUUAUAAAAUCCCGACCGAAAUGUUUGCCGGCGCUACUGACUCCAUGAAAAUCAUGAAAGACGGAGUCAUGUACGACGCAGAGAAGUGCUUUCACGAUCCCAAUCAGUGGUACCGAGAUGUGAAAGACAUAGGACCACAGAAUAAAUACCUUCAUCCAGCGACGGCAAGCCAAGAAGUCGGCUGGAGGACCAAUGAAUCACUCGAGAAGUUUGGUGUGAAUCACUACGGUUACAAAAAGAAGACGGCUGAUAUUCAGCCGGCAAGACUCAAGAACGCACAGCCAAAUGCAUCGGGAUUGUGA